AUUUUUGAUCAAGGGCUAUCAGCACUUUGCGUCGCUGUAGAAAGCACCUUGUGUUGGCCAGAGUGAAGAAGGGGGAAAAGCCAUGCCUCUGCCUUUGUUAUGAUGCGAAAUUGUAAGUUAGGUGGUUUCCUUGUGGGCUGCGCCAACAAUUACAAGCUUCACUCCUCCUCUUCAAACCGCCAUCGCACCACUUUUCUUGCUUUGCUUUUGUCUUUCCCAAAUUCUUCUUUUUUCGCCCGCCCUUUCUCCGGCUACGCUGCCGAGCAGUUUUCAGAUGACGACUACGAAUGCGAUUUCGAGACCCAUAAGGCAUCUUCCUCUGUGGCCAAUAUUGAUGAGUGGAAAUGGAAGCUCAGCUUGCUAUUGCGCAAUGAAACUGACCAAGAAAUUGUGUCCAGAGAUAGAAAGGAUAGGAGGGACUUUGAGCAGAUUUCCAACCUAGCCAAAAGGAUGGGCCUUCACAGUGAAAUGUAUGGAAAAGUGGUGGUUGCAAGUAAAGUUCCUCUUCCUAACUAUAGACCGGAUUUGGAUGAUAAGAGGCCUCAAAGAGAGGUGGUAAUCCCACUAAGCUUACAAAGAAGGGUAGAGGGUUUACUUCAGGAACACUGUGAUAGAACUCGGCUAACUUCUCCAGGAGCUGGUGAUGCUGCAGGCGAUGCUAAGUCUCUUGAUCAGGUUGAAGAUGUUACUCUAGAUGACAAUCCAGAUUCUUUUCUAGAUGGCUCUGUUAUGGAAAAGGUUUUCCAGAGGAGGAGUUUGCGGAUGCGUAAUAUGCAAAGAGCUUGGCAGGAAUCACCAGAAGGCAAGAACUUGAUGGACUUCCGGAAGUCUCUACCUGUAUUCAAGGAAAAGGAAAAACUGCUUCAAGCAAUAGCAAGGAACCAGGUCAUAGUAGUAUCUGGGGAGACUGGAUGCGGUAAAACAACUCAACUUCCUCAGUACAUAUUGGAGUCAGAAAUAGAAUCUGGUCGUGGUGCAUUCUGCAGUAUAAUUUGCACGCAGCCUCGAAGAAUAUCUGCUAUGGCUGUUGCAGAUAGGGUGUCUACAGAGAGAGGAGAGCCUCUUGGUGAAACUGUUGGUUACAAAGUUCGGCUAGAGGGUAUGAAAGGAAAAAACACCCAUCUGCUUUUUUGUACCAGUGGAAUUUUACUAAGACGGCUGCUAAGUGACAGAAACUUGAAUGGUAUAACCCAUGUUUUUGUUGAUGAAAUUCAUGAGCGGGGCAUGAAUGAAGACUUCCUAUUGAUUGUGCUCAAAGACCUUCUUCCACGUCGUCCAGACUUAAGAUUGAUUUUAAUGAGUGCCACUUUGAAUGCGGAACUAUUUUCCAACUAUUUUGGCGGAGCACCAAGGAUUCAUAUUCCAGGCUUUACAUAUCCAGUAAGAGCACAUUUCUUAGAAGAUGUACUGGAAAUGACUGGAUACAAGUUAACUUCUUUUAAUCAAAUUGAUGAUUAUGGCCAAGAGAAAAUGUGGAAAACACAGAGACAGCUUGCUCCUCGGAAAAGGAAAAAUCAGAUCACUGCUCUUGUUGAGGAUGCUCUUAAUAAAUCAAGUUUUGAGAAUUAUAGCUCUAGGGCACGUGAUUCCCUAGCAUGCUGGAUGCCUGAUUGCAUAGGAUUCAACCUUAUUGAGGCAGUUCUAUGCCAUAUAUGUCGAAAGGAACGUCCUGGUGGUGUCUUGGUAUUCAUGACUGGCUGGGAGGAUAUUAGUUGUUUGAGGGAUCAACUUAAAGCUCAUCCCCUCCUGGGAGAUCCAAAUAGGGUUUUGCUUUUAACAUGCCAUGGUUCUAUGGCGACAUCUGAACAGAAACUUAUAUUUGACAGACCACCUCCUAAUAUCCGUAAAAUAGUUCUUGCCACUAAUAUGGCAGAAGCAAGUAUUACAAUCAAUGACGUAGUUUUUGUGGUUGAUUGUGGAAAAGCAAAGGAGACUACUUAUGAUGCUUUGAACAAUACACCUUGUUUGCUGCCAUCAUGGAUAUCACAAGCAUCUGCACGGCAGAGAAAAGGCAGGGCUGGCCGUGUGCAGCCAGGUGAAUGUUAUCACCUCUACCCCAAAUGCGUUUAUGAAGCUUUUGCUGAAUAUCAACUUCCUGAACUUCUGAGGACUCCCUUGAACUCUCUUUGCUUGCAAAUAAAAAGCUUGCAGGUGGGAAGCAUUGCAGAAUUCUUGUCAGCUGCACUCCAGCCACCGGAACGAUUAGCUGUCCAAAAUGCCAUUGAUUUUCUGAAGAUGAUUGGUGCUCUGGAUGAGGAGGAGAAUCUAACUAAUCUUGGUAAGCUUGCUUUUUUUUUUUUUUUUUUUUUAUCAGGGAACUUUUUAUCAAUGCUUCCAGUAGAUCCCAAGCUAGGGAAAAUGCUAAUUAUGGGUUCUAUCUUUCGUUGCUUUGACCCCAUCUUGACAAUUGUAUCUGGCCUUAGUGUCAGGGAUCCUUUCCUUCUUCCACAAGAGAAAAAGGAUUUAGCUGGGACAGCGAAGUCUAGAUUUUCUGCAAAAGACUACAGUGAUCACAUGGCUCUUGUCCGUGCAUAUGAAGGUUGGAAAGAUGCAGAACGAGAAGGGUCAGCUUAUGAGUAUUGCUGGAGAAAUUUCCUAUCUGCACAAACUCUACAAGCCAUCCAUUCUCUCAGGAAGCAGUUUAGCUUCAUUUUAAGAGAUGCUGGGUUAGUCGAUGCAGAUGCAGGCAACAACAACAGAUUAAGUCACGACCAGUCCUUGGUUCGUGCGAUCAUAUGCUCUGGCCUCUAUCCUGGCAUAACAUCAGUAGUGCACAGAGAAACAUCCAUGUCUUUCAAGACUAUGGAUGAUGGCCAAGUUCUACUAUAUGCUAAUUCUGUAAAUGCACGUUAUCAGACAAUUCCUUACCCAUGGCUGGUCUUUGGUGAAAAAGUUAAGGUCAAUACUGUUUUUAUACGUGAUUCCACUGGCGUAUCUGAUUCGAUACUGAUCCUUUUUGGUGGUGCUCUCAGUUGUGGUGGGCAGGCUGGCCAUCUGAAAAUGUUGGAAGGGUAUAUCGAUUUCUUUAUGGAUCCUAGUUUGGCAGAGUGCUACUUGAACCUUAAGGAAGAAUUAGACAGGCUUGUUCAAAAGAAGCUACAAGAUCCUACCGUUGACAUUCAUAAGGAAGGAAAAUACCUCCUUCUUGCAGUUCAAGAGCUGGUGUCAGGAGAUCAAUGUGAAGGGAGAUUCGUCUUUGGACGUGAAAGCAGAAGGCCAAAGGAGUCGAGUGAAAGCAGAUUUACAAAGGAUGGAACAAAUCCAAAGAGCUUGCUACAAACUCUGUUGAUGAGAGCAGGGCACUCCCCUCCAAAAUACAAAACAAAGCACCUUAAGACGAAUGAGUUUAGGGCUCUAGUUGAAUUCAAAGGAAUGCAAUUUGUUGGGAAACCCAAGAAAAACAAGCAACUUGCCGAGAGAGAUGCUGCUAUUGAGGCGUUGGCCUGGUUGACUCACACCAGUGACAACCACCAAGACGAACAUGAUAACUCACCCCCAGAUGUUACUGACAACAUGUUGAAACUUCUAGGAAAGCGCCGUAGGUCGAAGCGCUGUUCUGGUUGAUGGUUCUGCUGUGCACCAUUUUCUUGACAGAUGCAUGGCAACCAAGAAAAUACAUAAUUUUUGAGGAAGAGAGAUACACGAUGCAUCCAUUUGCUGUAAAUCUCUAAGAAAACUUUAGUUUUUUUUCCAUUAAAGGGCAGCAAUAUAGAUUAUAGAGCAAGCAUUCUUGUAGAUUUCGCAAGUAUCGAGCUUAAUAAUAUAGUGGUGUUGUUAGACAAGGCGUCAGUGGUACAGGGCUAGUCCAGAUGCAUGCAAAAUUCCCAGAUGCCCGCUUUCUCUUGUCUGGUAUCAGAUAUUACAGUUCUCAAUGCACUAUCUGAAGGGAUUGCCAGCCUUCGUUUUUAUGUUGAUCUAGACAGCUGGUUGAGGGGGAAAUUUACAGUUGGUUCAUAGCUGAUUACAUAUUGAUAUUGCAUACACUUGAGUGGCAGGUUCUUUACAAAGGAAUACAAGAAAUAGUCUAUUCGCAGGUUUGAGCUUUGGUUUUAUGAAUUAUCCGCAGGUUAAUAAGAUUUAGAUUUUUUUUUCUUAUUAAUUUAUGCUUAAUUUGUUAAAUUGGAGGAUGUUUACAGCAAAUACUUGUGAAAUCUUCAGGGGAUGUAUGCAAGUGAGUGUUUGAUGACCUUUGUUUUGCA